AUGGCUGCGUCGCCGGCAACUGUUCCUCCGGCGAUCUCUCCACCGGCGCUCACAGCCUUGUCACUUGCUCCGUCGUCCGAAGCUGAACCGUCUUCUCACCAGACGGAGACGGAGCCCUCCAUCCUGAAAAGUUUCGCCCAAAACACCACGAUGGAAGAGCAACCACAGGACGUCGUCACCGCCGCCACUCCCUCAGCAACCCCAAUCACCACCGUCGCUGCGACCCCUGUCGCCACCUCCACAGCAAUCUCUGAAACCCUUGUUCCGGUCACCACCGCACCUCCAGAGAUCCUUGUCUCCAGUACCGCUAGGUCGACCGAGGCCUCCGCUGCCGCCACAAAUCUUGAAAGGGUUUUUUACCCCGAUCCACAAAAUGUCAUUCUUCCAGUCACCGUUCAUUUUGCUUCUCCGGCCAACUCAUCAAUGCCUACGAAGGUGGCCCCAAAUCCAAAGAAGAGAAGCCAAAAAAAUGUGGAGCAACCCAAACCAAGAAAAAUUUCGACGCGCCGUUCUGAUCGCAUCAUACAACAGCCGCGAAAAUCAGGCCCAAAAUCGCCUAUUCACAUCGAUCUUGAAGAUGAGGAGGAAACUUCCGGUGAUGAAUCAAAUGCCCAGGGUGAUGAUGAGGCAACAGGACAAUCUUUUGAGGGGAAGAAGCUGUCCGAUCUCCCUCUAUCUGAUGCCCACCAGACACAAUCUUCAAAAGCAGCAGUGGUUGAUGAAGAAUCAGAUGAAUACCAUGCCUUCAGCGACUUUGAUUUAAAGAUGGAAAAAGCUCUCACCACUGAACUCUACGACGUCGCAGCCGCUACUCGUAGGAAAACUAUCCAAGGGGCGGUAUGUUACACUGAAAGAAUAGUGGAUGAGAAAACAAUACAGUAUGUCUAUGCGAAUAUGCAUAUUUCCUUUGGUGAUCCGUUGUCUAACAAAUUUGGGAAGAUUUUUGUCUACAACAAAGUUUACAAUCUGUCUCCUAGUGUUAUCAAUGAAGUCUUUGAGUUUCCUGAGGUCCAAGGUGAGAAUGUGAAGGACCUAGAUGCUGUGGCACGUGUUAUCACUGGUGGAAAUCAACACACAUGGACACCACCGAUGAAGGUAUCGUCCCUUACUCAUCUGUAUUCUGUCCUCCACAAGGUCAUGACAGUCAACUGGAUUGUCUCCUCUAACUCUACGGUGGUCACCCAACAGCAUGGGAUCUUGCUGUAUUGUAUUGGCCUCAACAAGCCCUUCAAUCUUGGGCAAACAAUCUUUGACCAGAUUGCCUCCUGCAGUGAUAAGUCCCAACUUGCAUUUCUUCAUUUUCCUUCACUCAUUUACACGGUUCUGAAAAAUUAG